AAACUUCUGGGGUUGGUAUUUGUCAUGUUUUUGCACUCAGCAUAUUUUAUCCUGUCUCGUAGGAGUUAAUAUAAGAUGAUGCCUUUAGUUAAUUGCUUUGUGAUUAUUGUCGGAAAUCGUGAGAAAUAAAGUAGUGGGGGAAAACAAUGAAAUAGAUGUUAACCUAAAUAAUCCGGAUUUAACUAGCUCGACAGUUGUUACCGAGUUACUUCCCUUUGGCUUAUGUCGUCGCUGACGCACUCCUCCUCCCGCUAUAUCUACCUUGGGUCUCUUUUUUUUCCUAAAAGGUACCUGCUAUGACAACCACAUCUACAACAACAACGGCAAGCUGAAUAUUAGGGUAUCAUUUUGACAUGUAAACUACCCGAAUGAAUUCCGACCGUUCGCUGUUUGGCUCUGCUGGAACCAACGGAGCUGCCUGAUGCCGUGGAGGGGUUCCCUCCCCCCCUCUCUCUCUCGUUACACUCGCUUUGAAGGACCAGACUUAGAGAGUCUUGGCUGUUGUCGUCAUUUGACCCCCAACUUCCAUCGAAGCAGAAUAAUAUUGCAGCUGAGUAUCUAAACUCAUUUGGAACUUUUCAAAGAUUUUAAACCCUUUUUUUAGAUGUGUUUUUCUGUGUUUCAAAAAUAUUGCUGUGCCUCCAUAUUUAUAUAUAUUUAACAAGAAGCUGCCAGACGCACAGACAGACAACCAAAGUUUCUGAAGACAUACAUUACUUUUAUUGGGAUAAUUCUCGGAUUUUUUAUUUUCCUCUCGUGCAUGACAUUCUGUUGUCCAAAUUCCAAUAUGAACCGACAGAAAUCUAAGAUUCCGCCAUUUGUGGUUGUGGGUGGCCUCAGAAAUUAAUCCGUACAAAAACCUAAAGAUGUCCUGUAUUGUGUGAAGUGAGGACACAAACACAAGAAUGAUUUCAUUUGUGUUGUGUUAAAAGGGAAAUCUUGGGACGAAACCCUGACCGAACAUUGUUUACCAAUGAGAAGAUAACAGCAAGUUUGAACUUUCUUUUUCUUCUGUUCGUUUUCUAUUUUCUCCAAAUUUUAGAUUUAGAAAGAAUUCAGCCAACACCAAAAUGUAUUCGGUCCAGUCCAAUGAUAACUGCUUUGAGAAUUGUGGAGGUGGGGGCCAUAAUCACUCUCAGUCUUUUUCACCACCGAAUGGCCACCACCACCACCAUCAUCACCACCACCAUCACCAUCACAACAACAACAAUGGCUCGUUCAUGUUUAAACCGAAAGGUAACGAAGCCCGGGACAAGCCAUUCAAAUGUGAUAUCUGUCGUAAAGGUUUCACACUAAAAGCCUACCUCCAGCGGCACCAGAUGGCCCCAGAAGCUGGCAAGCAUUUCAAUUGUAACUUCUGCAGCAAAGUGUUUCCGCAGCGAGACAGGUUAGAGAAACACGAGAGGACCCACACAGGUGAAAAGCCGUUCACCUGUGACAUUUGCUCCAAGUCCUUCUCACAGAAGUCUCACCUGAACACACACAAAAUGGUUCACCAGGGAAUUAAACCAGCCAACCGUGUGAAACACAAGAACCUCCACAACCAUUCUACCAACAUGGCAAUGAUGGUUCCUCGAAAGCAGUUUCAUAACCACUCCCACAAUCAUGGUCACACCCAUAGUCACAACCACAGUCAUAAUCAUGGCCACACCCACUCUCACAACCACGGCCACGCCCACAACCACGCCCAUAACCAUGGCCACACCCACAAUCACAACCACAGUCACGGCCAUUUUCACGGAAGCAAUGUGUCGUUCCAGAACAGCGGACACUUUAACUCCAAAGCAUUCCCGAUUAACAGAGGAAAUGAAGCUCGAGAUAAGCCCUUUAAAUGUGAUGUAUGUCGCAAGGGUUUUACUUUGAAGGCCUACCUACUCAGGCACCAACUUGCCCCUGAAACUGGCAAACACUUCCCUUGUCCGUUUUGCAGCAAAGUCUUCCCACAGAGGGACCGUCUUGAGAACCACCAAAGAACCCACACCGGGGAGAAACCGUUCACGUGUAACCUUUGUGGGAAAAGUUUUGCGCAAAAAUCCCACCUGAAUACCCACAAGCACACACACAGUGGCGAGAAGCCACACCAGUGUCCCAUUUGCAAUAAGUCUUUUGCCCAGAAGGACCAUUUAAACAAGCACAGACGGACUCACACUGGCGAGAAACCUUUCCAGUGUACGAUUUGUCUGAAAACCUUCUCCCAGAAGACCCACCUGAAGCAGCACAGUCGCAUUCACGUCGGGGAAGAAUUCUCUCAGUCCAUGGGCCAUAACCAUCAUCAUCAUCAUGUCCAUAAUCAUAGUCAGCACCAAAACCAUCACACCAACAGCAGCCCUUCGGACACUCAAAUGACCGCUGAUGGCCAUGGAAGCAAGCAGCAAACGCCAGCCCUGGUGUCCAGUGGUGGUGGUGCUGGUGGUACUACGACCCACCACCAGAUGGCAGCCAGCUCUAGUUCAGCAUCGACCUCAUCUGGGACAGCAUCAACCCAUCAUACAUCGUCAAUGAGGAAACAGCAGCCACAGCACUCGGCUACGUCACCGUCUCCCACUGUCGUUACCCCGGGGACCCUAGCUUCCAAUUCUUGCUCUCAUCAGAUGACGCAGUCUUCAUCAUCGCAGCAUGCAGCUCCACCACCGCCACCUCCAAGGAAGCAACAGCAGCAGCAACAACAGCAGCAGCAGCCUCCACCACCACCACCACAGCAACAGCAGCAGCAACAACAACAACAACAGGCUCAGCAUCACCAUCAUCAUCAACAGCAGUCCACGCCAUCGUCUUCCCCAUCUUCAUCGUGUCAAAUGAUGUCACAACAUCAAGCAGGACUCCGCAAAUCGUCAUCGUCGUCGUCAUCAAUGUCCCCCGCAGCCUGUUCUCACCAGAUGAUGUCCCAACAUGCUUCCAUUCGGCAGCAACCAGCCACCGUAGCGUCAGCAUCAAUGAACUCCACAUCUCCCCAUCAACUUCCACAGAGACCUGACAACAACUACUGGAAGCGCAGCUUCCCCGUUACCACAGCAUGGAAUUCUGGUUGGUCCAACCAACCGGCUACCACGACAUACGGCGUCGGACAAAGAAAGUGCGAGAGCCAAGAGGCUGUCCGCUACAUCCAGACUCUUUUACAAUAACUUUUCUGACAAUACUUGUGGAGAAACAAGUCGGAAAAGACAAGCAUGAGAAUUCUGUUUGUAGACCCUUUUUUGAAACGGUCUACGAUCCCAUCAUUUGAUUUAAUCUUUCUUUCAAACUCCAGAGGGAAAAAAAUCUUGUCAAGUCUACGACGAAGCGAUUCCCUUGAUGCGUCUCCAGUCCAGGGUGCAAUGAGUAUUUUUCUAAAAAACUGUUAUUACAUCAUUUUCUUAUCAGUCUGCGUUAGUCCACUUCCUUCUUUAUAGAAAGCUGUGGUAGUUUGUCCUACAAUCAGUGUGGGAAAUUAGGACAUGAUGAGUCGGUGGGAAACCACCUGUGAAACUCCUAGCAUCACACACACACAUACACAAACAAACACACACACACACACAAAGUGAAGAAAAUUGAGAUGUUUAAAUGAUAGCAAGGUUGUAGCUGGGAACCUCACAAGAAUCUCUUCUCCUCCAGGCUACAUUCUUUAUUAUUAAAUCUGCUCACAUCACAUCCUAUAGAAAGAUGUCUGCAGUGAGUAAUUUUAUUGUCAAGUAGAAACCCGACCCCUUUAUCUGUCAUACUUAUUCCUUAGUAAACCCUUGUAGAGUCUCCAUUAUAAAUAUAUUUAAACAAAA